AUGGCCACACUCUGGGCACAGGCCUUCCUCCUGGUCACCAUAGCGAUGACGGAUGUCCAGGGAACGGUGGAGAAGGAGCUCUCUCCAGAGUGCAGGGAGUUCCUGUACAUGGGGACGCCACCCGUGGGCCUGGAGAACCACUCGCUCCAGAAGAUCUGCCAGCGCUACAACAACAAGCCGCGCUACGUCACGCUGUACGACACGGCCAACCACGUCCCCAUCUACUCAGCCUACACCUUCAAACGCUCCGACGGGGAGAAAAGGGUGGACGUGCCCUGGAUGUACGAGCCACAGCUGUCCACAGUUUCUGACACCAGGGAGAUGCAGGCGUUCCCGCGCGGCUACAUGCACAGGAACUUUGAGGACGCCCAGGCCAUCCUGGACGACUAUACCAACGCCGUCCUCUAUGAGCGUGGCCACCUCAACCCUGACGAGCACCAAGCCGACCCAGACGACAAGGCCUCCACCUACACUCUGACCAACGUGGUGCCCCAGGUCAGAGAGUUCAGCGCUGGCACCUGGAAAGAGCAGGAGCACGUAAUCCGCAAGCGCCUCAACAACUACUGCCACGGCACCGCCUACGUUGUCACCGGAAUCACCACCUCGGGGAACAUGAUCCGGCGCCAUAACAUUGACCGUGUGGCGGUGCCGACAUACCUGUGGUCGGCCUACUGCUGUACCGACUACGACCACAACGCGCCGUACGAUGAGCGCUACAAGUUUCCGGCGUUCGCCCACUACGCCCUCAAUGAGAAGGAGAACAACCAGGUCCUGGAGUUGUCCAUCAAGAAACUGGAGGAGUUCCUCCAGAGGUCCACCUUCGUGGACAAGAACUUCCAGAUCUUUGUGGACGACUGUGUCCUGGAGUUGACCAUUAAGAAGCUGGAGUUCUUCCAGAGGUUUACCUUUGAGGAACUUCCAGAUCUUUGUGGAUGA